AUGAAAGAAUGUGAUGGUCGAAAUGAGCUGAUUGCGCGGUAUAUCAAAAUAAGAUGCGGGAAAACGAGAACUCGGAAGCAAGUCUCAUCGCACAUCCAGGUGCUUGCACGGAAAAAAGCUCGCGAAACGCAGGCGAAGCUGAAAUCAGCCGAAGCGUCUCCGCCAUCGGUACCUGUAGCGGCACCGGCACCAGGAGUAACUGGAAUGGAAAAAGAAAAACCGCUACUGGCUCCGCUGAGCAAUUCACCAGUGUUACCGAUGAGUAAACAGAAUUUGCUACCGCGGACGCUCUAUCCGACAAUGUGGCCGGCCGGUUUUCCGGCUCCAGCAUCAACGCAGAUGGCAUUUCCCAGUCAGGACGAUCUCAAAGCUUAUCAGCGCAUCGUUGAGUAA